AUGGAAUCCACACUACCGCACCAUGAAUCCUUCGCUUCAGCCGAUGCCUACAUCACAUCCCUCCUAAACUUCACAUCAUCCACCCCUCUCUUCUAUCAACUCGUAGGCGGGGUGCACAUACUCGACUUCUUCACCUCGUCGCCUCCACUCUAUGAUUCAAUACUCCCAGAAUCCUGGCGAGAUUACUUCGAAACCAAAUCAAUUGAUGAAAUACUCGAAAUUCUCUUUCGAACAGACUUAUCAACUGUUCAUCCAGAAGGAAUCCCGGAUUCGCUUUACGAAUUUGCAGAAAAUGUCCAGAGGCACGAGUUACUACGAGAGGUCGUCAACAAUCUUGGUGAAAUUGAGGAUCAACAUAAAUUAAAUAGACAGAGGAAACUAGCUCAGGGAAUGAACAAUAAAAAACUACAUGAGGUAGAACAUUUCGCCCGCUAUUUAUCUACGCUCCUUGCUUCUGUGGCCACAGAUUCUACUGGCGACUCAAUUACCCACCUUGUAGACUUUGGGUCAGGGCAGUCUUAUCUCUCCAGGAUCCUAGCCUCACCGCCACAUAACCUCGACCUCGUAGCCGUUGAAUCCAAAGCGAGUAAUAUAGAAGCUGGGAAGCUCCUAGAUGAAAGAGUUGGAUUAACGGCAAGAUCGCAGGGGAGGACUCUUAAGGAGAGCCUAAACGGCGCUGAAGCUAAAAAGGGUUCGAUUAAAUACGUUCAACAUAUAAUCAAAGAUGAGAGUAUGAAAGAAAUUUUAGAAGCCCUUGAACAGUCUGAAGAUGAAAAUAAGACUGAGAACCCAGGACUUAUGAUCAUAUCACUUCAUUCUUGUGGGAACCUUAUUCAUCACGCCCUCAAUGCUUUAAUCGCAAACGAUGAAGUCAAGGCCGUCGCUGUUGUCGGCUGCUGCUACAACUUAAUGACCGAACGUACUGGCCCAACUUACAAGCCACCCUAUCAAAAAUACAUUCCAGCAGAAAAUACGCCCAUUCCCUCUAACUGUCUUAACCAUCACUUUCCGCUCUCCACCCGCCUAUCUUCACAAUCCAUAACACUCAAUAUCACAGCAAGGAUGAUGGCCGUCCAAGCACCUCGAAACUGGACACAAGCUACUAGCUCCGACUUCUUUAAACGUCACUUCUAUAGAGCGUUGUUACAGCGUAUAUUUUUCGAAAAGGGCGUGCUAAGUGCGACAGAGCCAUUGAUUGUAGGGAGCCUAAGAAAGGCCGCUUAUAUGGGAUUUUACGAAUACGUAACCUCAGCUGUGAGAAAGAUAUUGAAUGCUGCAAGUGGGGAUGUGGGAAGUAGUGUUGGUGAAGGCGUUAAAGUGAAGAUUAAGGAAGCAGGUUUGGAUAAUAUUGGAAGAGAGGAGGUGGAAAGUUAUGAACGACGAUAUGAGAAGGGACUCAAGGAAUUGAGCAUUAUGUGGACAUUGAUGGCGUUUUGUGCGGGGUGUGUGGAGAGCUUAGUGGUUGUCGACCGCUGGUCUUAUUUGAGGGAGAGUGGCAAAUGCAGGAUUGUGAAAGUUGAAGCGGCAUUUGAAUACGGGAUUAGCCCCAGGAAUCUGGUGAUUGUGGGGGUUAAGUAA